AUGGAUUUUGUUGUCUUCCAAUUGAGCUCGUAUUGGUCCCUACUGGAUCAGAGGGCACCGGCCAUGCUAGGGUCUUUCUUUGUAGCCUCUGUAAAAAGGCGCUUCUGGGAGGCGUUGGAUGAGGUGGUGCGGGGUAUUCAGCCGACGGAGAAGCUAUUCAUAGGAGGGGAUUUCAAUGGUCAUAUUUGGUCGUCUGCUGGUGGCUAUGGUGAGGUGCAUGGUGGCUUCGGCUUUGGUGAUAGGAACGAGGGUGGUACCUUACUGUUGGAUUUUGCUAGAGCUUUUGAGUUGGUGAUUGUGAACUCUAUGUUUCCGAAGAGGAAGGAACAUUUGGUUACUUUCCGGAGUAUGGUGGCUAAGACUCAAAUUGACUAUCUCCUCCUCAGGAGGUGUGAUAGGGGGUUGUGUGAGGAUUGCAAGGUGAUCACGAGUGAGAACCUCGCAACUCAACAUAGGCUCUUAGUGAUGGACGUCGGUAUUUUGAUGAAGAGGAAGAAGAGGUUUGUACGGGGUCCGUCGAGGAUCAGGUGGGGAGCUUUGUCUAAGGAUAAUGCGCAAGAGUUGGAGGGGCGGCUGACAAAUAUGGGAUCCUGGAAGAGUGGUGGGGACGCUAGCGCUAUGUGGACGACGACGGUGGACUGUAUAAGGGAGGCAGCAAGAGAGGUGUUGGGAGUUUCGAAAGGUUAUUAUGGCGGGCACCGAGGCGACUGGUGGUGGAAUGACGUGGUCCAAGGUAAAGUGGAAGCCAAGAAAGCGGCGUACAUUAAGUUAGUAGAGAGCACUGACGAGGAUCAGAGGAGAGCGAACAGAGAAAGAUAUAAGGAGGCUAGGAAUGAGGAGAAAGUAGCGGUCACAGAGGCUAAGACUGCUGCUUUUGGUCGGCUUUAUGAGGAACUUGGGGGCAAAGGUGGGGAUAAGAAGUUAUUUCGAUUGGCCAAAGCGAGAGAGAAGAAGGCUCGCGAUCUAGAUCAAGUGAGGGUAAUGGAGAUGGAAUCAGCUAUUCUUGCUGGAAAACUGGUGACGUUGUUGCUGGACAAGGAAAAACACUUAUCUAUCUGGAAAAAGAAGAGGGCCUUGUCUUUAAAUGUAGCGUCUUUCUCUCAUUAUCACUCUGUACUUGUCCAGAUACAGUUGACCUUCUACUUUGAUUGA